AUGGCGAAUUCGUGCGGCAGGAGUCUAACAUCCACAGUGCUUUCCCUGGUUUUCCUGCUUUGUCUCUCGGACGUAUGUAUUGGACAAAUUCGCUACUCGAUUCCGGAGGAACAGGAACGCGGUACGUUUGUUGGAAAUAUCGUCCUUGAUACAGGACUUAACGUUCGCAUAUUAGCAGCUCGGGAAUUCCGUCUGGUUUCUGAUGAGCCAAAACAAUAUUUCAAAGUGAAUUUGGAAAGCGGCGUUUUGUUUGUGAAUGAAAGGAUCGACAGAGAAGAGCUGUGCGGGCAAACCGAUGCCUGUUUCCUUUCUUUUAAGGUAAUCGUCAAAAACCCGUUGGAAAUAUUUCGCGUUGAAGUGGAGAUAAAUGACAUAAACGACAAUUCGCCCAGUUUUCCGAAGAGCGAAAUCUCCCUGCGGAUCGGGGAAUCGAUUGCUCCGGGAGCGCGAUUCCCUCUUGAAAGCGCGCACGAUCCGGAUGUGGGCACAAACGCAAUCAAAUCUUAUCGUAUCAGUUCGAAUCAAUACUUUGGCCUAAAAAUGCAGGUCGGAAGCGAUGGCAGUAAAAGUGCGGAUUUGUUGUUGGAGAGGGCUUUGGAUCGCGAACUGAAAUCAGCCUUUAAACUGGUGCUAUCAGCCAUUGACGGUGGAGUUCCCGAGCGUUCGGGCACAGCUCACAUUACAAUUAAUGUAGUGGACGCCAAUGAUAACGCUCCUUUGUUUGAUAUGCAAGUUUAUAGGGCAAGCUUGGUAGAAAACUCACCCACAGGAGCUUUUGUGAUCAGAAUCCAUGCCACUGAUUUGGACCAAGGUGCCAAUGCUGAGAUACGAUAUUUCUUCAGCAACCGCGCUUCCAAGAGAGUCCGUGAACUGUUCAGCGUGAACUCAGAAACUGGAGAAAUUAACGUUAAAGGUUCACUGGAUUUUGAAGAAUCAAAUGCCUACGAACUUAACGUAGAAGCUACGGACAACGGCAUCCCAUCUAUGAGAGGAUACUCCAAGGUCCUGGUGGAAUUGAUUGAUGUAAACGAUAACGCUCCCGAAGUGAAACCAACCUUAGUCUCCAGCGUGCUCUCGGAGAACACUGCAAUCGGGACCGUUGUAGCCCUGGUUAGUGUAACGGACUCGGAUUCCGGGAAAAACGGUAACGUACAAUGUCAAAUUCCUUCUGACAUCCCUUUUAAGCUUCAACCAGUUUUGAAGAACCACUAUGAAAUAAUUACAACCAGUGGAUUGGACCGUGAAAUAAAAUCAAUGUACAACAUCUCUGUCAUAGCCAGGGAUGAAGGAUCACCGCCACUGACUACAAACAAAACAAUACUGGUCACCCUUUCAGACGUAAAUGAUAACUCACCACGGUUUACGCAAUCCUUAUACACCGUUUAUGUGACAGAAAACAACACCCCUGGUACUUCUAUAUUUCGCGUCAGGGCUGUAGAUGUUGAUGCUGAACAGAAUGCACAUGUGACCUAUUCUGUUACGGAGAAUCGGGUAGAGGACAUGACGGCCUCUGCUUAUAUCAGUCUCAGCUCCAACAAUGGAGACAUUUACGCACUGCAGUCGUUUGACUACGAACAAUUGAAGAGUUUUCAAUUCGAAGUUCGAGCUCAGGAUUCCGGAGAUCCUCCGCUGAGCAGUGGAGCUCGAGUGAAAGUUAUUGUUUUGGAUCAAAACGACAACCCUCCGCUCAUUGUUUCUCCUCCUACGUGGAAUGGCUCCGCCUCUGUGGACCUUGUGCCUCAAUCAGUCUAUCCCGGUUACCUGGUCACCAAAGUGAUUGCAACCGACGCCGAUUCUGGUCAGAACGCACGGCUUUCCUACCUGACAACAACUGAUUCCGGUUUAUUCAGUGUGGGACUCCACUCUGGGGAGGUCAGAACAACCCGCAGAAUUCUAGAUGAAGACGUAACAACGCAACGCUUGACUAUUCUGGUAAAGGACAAUGGACAACCCACUCUCUCCACCUUGGUCACCAUUUCCUUCUCAAUUGGAGUCAAUGUUACUGAAAAACCACUUGAGCGCACCAACUUGAAAAGAAAGCCAGCCCCAUUCUCCGAACUAAAUCUGUACUUGAUAAUUACUUUGGGUUCAACCUCCUUGAUAUUUCUCGUGACCAUAAUUAUCCUUUUCGCGAUAAAAUGCCAUCAGGAUGGGAAUGAUAUUUACGGGUACGGUUCUACAAUUUGCUGUUGGAGGCACAGGAAUUUGAGGAGUUCACGGGAAGUGUCCAAUAGGCAUUCUGCACAGAGCGAAUUUCACAAUUAUCCUGGGGAAAGGGUUCCCAUUCCUGGGACUUACAAUUACAAUGUGUGUCUGUCUCCCGAAUCAGCGAAGUCUGACUUUCUGUUUUUAAGUACCUGCAACCCAACCAUACCAAUGAGCAGUGUGAAGGCCAACCAAAGCAACUUCAGUCAAGAAGUUGGAGCAGGAACGUUUCCAGCCAAUAAUGGGCAUUGA